AUGAUCAAGGAGAUUGAUUUCGACCUGAGAGAGCGUCUCAGACAUACGCUCCAAUCCAUCCAUGACAACCCUCAUUUCAAAACGACCCGAGGGUUUAAGGAAAGAGCCGAAAUGGACAAAACGUUACAAGCACUGAUAUUUCGAUACCUUUAUUAUGUGGUUUCUAAUAAUGGCAAGUUUCUGUCGUUCUUGUUCCCUGCAACUCCGGCCGAUAAGUUUCCGGCGUCGUUAGAGGACUGUCUAGACAUUGAAAGCAUUGUCAUGUCGCGCAACAACCCCUUCUAUACGGUCAGCGAGACAGGAACCCAUAUCAGCCACCGUCAUACGGGCCGAAAUUGCGGACGCAAAUUUCAGACUGGAGAGCCCAUCUAUCGGUGUAAGGAAUGUAGUUACGACGAUACUUGCGUGCUUUGUAUCCACUGCUUCAAUCCAAACGAUCACAAAGGCCAUCACGUGUACACCAACAUCUGCACUCACGUCAAUAACGGGAUAUGUGACUGUGGAGAUGCCGAAGCGUGGCAUACGACUUUGCACUGUAAGGCUGAAGAGGCGGACGCGGGCGCGGGCGCCGAAGAUAUGUUCAACUCGGAUGAUAUGGCCGUCCUGUGUGAAGUAGUACUCAGCGAAGUGUUUGACCAUCUAUUGGACGUUUUCAACCAGAAUAUUGAACCCCUACCUACCAUCCAGAAGAGUAUAACGGUUAAGCUGCGGGAGUUACUACAACAGCGAAAAACCACCGAAAAGUUGGAUUUUUUAAAGGAUCUGGCCUACAAGAACGGUUACAUGCAGGAGCAAAUGGCGUUUGACGAAGACAUUCAAGACGAACUUUUGGACGAUUUACCGGAUUACGUGGUGAUGAUUUACAAUGACGAAUACCACAAUUACUCGCAAGCGACUGCGGCGCUUAAACAAGGAAUUCCCGAUGAUAAGCGUACUGACAAACUCACCGAGAGAAUUGACGAAGAAGGCAGAGCCAUGCUCAAAUGUUCGGACAGGCUUUCAACAGUGGUGAACGGAUUUUUUGCCGUUCAGACCAAUGGCCUAAGCGCAACUUUGACUCCAUGGUCGGAAUACGUUCAUCAGGAGGCUUGUAAAUACAUUAUCAUGUGGGUAAACCAUUGUUUGACGAUUCCCAACCCAGCGUUUCAACAAGUUUUCAGAGAAACUAUGGGUAAAGUGCUGUGUUCCGAACAUACACGUGCGUCAGAGGAUAUCGACGUCAGCAUGGUUGUCGACAAGUACUUCACCGAUAGAUUUGCUGACGAGUACGCUUAUAAAUAUGCUGACCUUUCGGUCUUGGGCAAGGGCAACUCGAUCCCCAUCAGUCAUCACAAGAGACUGAAAAUCACUGAAUUGGAUCGCAUAUCAUCCACUUUGAACGGAUGCGAACCGGUACUUGACAAGCAUUAUUGCAAUUCCCGGCUGCAACACAUUUUAUUCUUUGAUCACCGAUUUUGGAAGAAAUUGAGAAAAGACAUACAGGAUAUGAUAAUUCCAACUUUGGCGUCAAGCAUAAAAUUCAGAUCCAUUUUUUGCAAUCAGUUAGUUGAGAUUUUCAAUCAUAUGUCGCGCUCGCUUGCAUUCAUGGACAGAGAGCCACAAUUAACUGCUUUGAGGGAAAGCGUCGUGCAAUUAUUCACGUGCCCAACCAACGCGAGACACAUUUUGGAAACAAAGAGCUUUUGCGAUAUAAUGUGGUCAGUCAUUGACGUGUUUGCCGAAUUUUCCAAAGUCGAAGGAGGUCUCCUGAUAUGGCAGCGUGUUCAGAAAAGCAAUCCGACGAAAAGUUACAGUAUUUUCUUCAAACAGGGGCUGUACGCGGUCGAAACAAUCUUGAGUAAGACGAGAGAGCCAAAUCUUCUAUUAAAUCCCGAAGAAUUUAUAGCCAUUGUCACUCUUUGUAAGCUUUUCAAUGGAGCUUGGAAAAUACGGCGGAAAGAGGGAGAACAUGUGAUAAGGGAAGACCAAUACUUUAUUCCAUACCUGGAAUAUACGACAUCCAUUUACAGCAUCGUCCAAACUAUUGACAAAGUUUUUGAACUAUCGCAAUCAAAUCUUGAUGCAACUAAAAUUGUAUCUGCGAUUAGAUUGCUCGUUACCUAUUUGGGUCAUCGGACUUUACCCUACAAGAUAAUAGCAGAUACCUAUGAGGUUAUCAAAUUCAAGGUCAGCAAGCAGCGGGUCGCAUUCAUGAAUCCUGUACACACACUCCUCUCUUUUCUGAUUGAGAAAGUGCCUUUAGAGACUGCAUUGAGCGCCUUUUCGGGCUGUAGGGAUAUACUCACCAUUGCGGAGUUCCCCCUACGCUCCGUCGUGUUGUGCUCUCAGAUUGACGUUGGUUUCUGGGUUAGAAACGGUAUGUCCGUCCUUCGUCAAUCCUCCUAUUAUAGGAAAAAUCCAGAAAUGGGUUGUUAUAUUAGGGACGUUCACCUAAAUCAGAUAGCGUUUCUGCAAGAAAGAGACGAUCCAGUCAGAUUAAUUUACAAUCUACUUGACAGAUGGGAAUUGGUAGGCUGGUUCAAUGGUGAGGAAGAAUUUGAAAAAACCGCUUACGAAGACAAAAUCGCGUACAUCAUUCAACAAUUCAUUGCGUUUGUGUAUCAACUUCUCUCGGAGAGGUUAAGUUUUAGGAAGUUCAAGUCCUCUGAUGAGAAGGAAUUUUACCACAUGAAGAACGCUGUCAUAUAUGGUCUUUACAUGGAGCCUCUGAGCUAUUCGAAUCUUUUGAAGGACAUUCCAGAAUACUUAACCGAAAAUACUUCUCACUUCGACAAAGCGCUGGAUGAAGUUGCAUAUUAUGUCGAGCCGAGGGGUCUCGAAGAUAACGGUGUAUUUAAGCUGAAGGCCGAAUACUAUAAGAAGAUCGAUCUUCUACAGCUGCUCAACAUGGAAAAUGAUUUUGAGCAUAGCGCAUCUGUGAUAAAGCUUAAUAUUGCACAAAAUGAAGAAGAGGCUUCAAAGGUGAUUUUGCAGCCGCAACUGAUACCUUAUAAAUUCCUUGAUGAGCGUGCUGUGAAUAUAGGUGAUUUUGCUCGUACUGAUGUUUUUGCAAGGCUGGUUUACAAGCUCUUGCAAACAAGCAUUGACAGGGAAGAAGGAACAUUUCUUUAUGGGCUAUUACACCUCAUUCACGCCAUAUUUCGGGAUGAAGAACUUAUUAAUGGGAAGCAAUCUCUACCGGAAGCGUACUUGUCGAAGCCGAUCUGUAGUCUGUUACUGAUGAUCGUUGACUCUAAGGCAAACGUCUUCUCUGAGAAUGCAGUAUCGAAAGCAGACUACCUAUUGGAGGACAUGAUAUGGAAGAAUUCAGCAGUAAUAUUUGAAACCUUGGAUAGCAGUCUAGGACAUGCCUAUGUCGAAAGAUACAAAGCAAGAAAGCUAAAUCAGGGUGUAAAUUUUGAUGAAAGUGAAAAAGAGCGCAAAAAGAGGCUUGCCAAACUCAGACACGAAAAGAUUCUGGCAAAGUUUUCGAAGCAGCAGGAUAAGUUCAUGAAGGACAAUGCGUCUGACUUUAUGAAUGGGGAAGACAUAGAAAUGGUUGAUCAAGUUACAAGGGAUAAGGCAGAAGAAUUCACAUGCGCUCUGUGUCAGGAUUCGACAUCUUCAGAUUUGUUUGUGAUGCCCUUGUACCACGAGAACACUCCGGUUUUCAAAAGCGGUCAUCUUCACGAUUUGCAACAAUUUGCUGCUCCAUUGAAUGGUUUCUUCAAUAAAGAUGAUCACCCCACCAUAAACGACGAUGAAACUUUGGACAAUUAUAAACAGGAUGGUACAAGGGGAUCUCGUAAGGUAUUUGUUUCUUGUAAUCACUACAUUCAUUACAAAUGUUUCAAGAGGUACGCUCAAAAGAAGCGGUUUUCGACCAACUCAUUCAUAUGCCCAUUAUGUCAGACGUACUCCAAUUGUGUUCUGCCGGUAAGCCGCAAGUCAGGAGCAGAAGAUAACUCUGGGUUAGCAUGCUUGUUUUCGGAAGAAGACACUAAUUGGAAUAUUGAAAAUUUCCCAAGUGAAGACCUUGCAGAUUUCAACAGUAUAUUCAACACAUUUGUGGAAAUUAAUAACAACAAUACGAAUUACGAUAAGGCUUGUUACAACACUCAAGACCUCCAACGGCCUGAUGUAAUCUACAUUUUGACCACGCACUGGGCAAAUACGAUAUCGGUAUUUGAGAUUGUAAAUCGUCUCAGCGCGAGACCUAAUUCGACACUUCUUUUGGGCAAGGAGCAAAGAUUUAAGACGUUCCGUAAUGUGUUAGCCUCCAUUGUCUGGAUAUACAAAGUGUUGGGAAAACCAUCGAGUAGCUACCCUUACGUCAAUUCGAAUGGCAUUGUUUGGAAUCAAAAUCAACUUUUCCAACAUAUCGUGAAGGAGAGUUUAUUCUCAAGCAGGCCAUUAAAUUUGAUCGUAACAGAGGCAUUGUCGACAUUUGCCGUCCAAUUAGUGAGCGAUUUUGUCAAGGGAUUAUCCUCAAACGACAUUGAAAAACUGUAUGCCGGUGCACAGGAACUAGGUGCAGAAGUGGAAAUGGACGAAGAGUGGAUGACGAUCUUGAGGGGUUUGUGUGAUAUCGGGAUAACUGACAAAUCCUUAGCUCACAAGCUUUACAGUGUGACUUUGAUUUGCCUAUGCAGACACCUUCUGCCAAGUUUGAGGAGGACACUUAUCUUUUUGACCGUGGCCAACGGUCUGCUGGCUGGAUCCUCUGGCGAAGCAUCUGUUGGAGAAAGUAAACUUCAGAAUGUCUUGAAUGAUGAUUCCCUAUUGGAGAGUCUCGACCAAGCAAUCCGGGUUGUCACCCUUAGUGGCUCAUUGAAGGAGUUUCUGGCAAGAGCAGGCAAGCAGAGCUACGCGCCAAGUGACCCAUAUCUCACCAGAAUACCAUAUGAGUACUGCGGGAUUGUCAAAUUGGCGGAUUUGACCAAAUACUUGAACACCUACGUCACGAAUUCUAAGGAGGUGAAGCUGCGGGACGAGCAUCCACAGCACAUGAAAAAUGUGGACAAUCGUUUGGAUUUCAAAAUUUGUUUGGCAUGUGGAGUGAAGAUACAUGCACGGAAGGAUCACACGGAGCUUUUUAAGCAUCUCUCUAAAAACUGUUUCAAGCCAUUCGGCCUCUUCUUGGUGCCGAACGUCAGUGAAGUUUGUCUGGUCCUCACGAGUCCUCGUUCCACAAUAUCGAUAUCUGCGCCUUACUUGAACUCUCACGGAGAGGCGGGCAGGAACGCGAUUCAGAGGGGUGAUACUACGAUCUUAAAUCUUCGACGUUACGAGCAUCUCAACAAACUAUGGUUGAACAACGAGAUCCCGGGCUACAUAAGCAGGGUCCUCGGUGACGAGUUCCGAGUCUCGAUAAUUUCCAACGGCGUGGUGUUCAACUUCAACCGCAACGUUAUAAGACGGCCCUUGGGUGCCAACACGAACGCCACUGAAGAGAGUACCAGUGACGACGACGACGACGAAGGAAUGGACUUCGCGUGGGGGGAAUUACGUCCGGCAGAAUUUCUCGAAGAUCCGGCCUUACGUAUGGACGGCACGGCUCCCGUACAAAAUACGGAUAUAAGAGAGUUUUUCCAGUUCAUUGCACAUCUGAGAAACGACGCUGGAGUCAUAAACGCUGUACAAGACGAUGACGCUGAGGAACCGUUUGUUCCGCAAUUUCAAUUCAUACCAACCUUCAGACCGCCUGCUACUCAACAACCAAGCGAGGGAGAAGGUGAAGGCGAGGGCGAUGGAGACAACAGCAGUGCUGAAUCGGAUCUCAGCGAUGCUUGA